AUGAAACGGUCACUUUUUCACAAGAUGGAAAGUUGCUGUUCUCUCUGGAUAGGGCUGCGUUCCACAAUGUUGAGAGGAGUUGCUCACAGUGCAAAAGACAUAUUUACUCUUCUGUCGGCAAGAUCUCAGUACUGUAACCUGGGGCUGAAUUUUCCAUCAGUAUGGACUAAAGUAACAAACAGAAGCAUUCUAAUACAUUCCACUUACACAACUGAUACAAAAUCAAGAGAGGAAAAUAAAAAAACUAUUGAGAGUCUCUACAGAUUGUCAGUUGACAUUAAGAAAAUACGCAGACUAAAGGAAUGGGUCCUUCUCCAGGAUGCGGCCUAUGUUAAAGAAAUUGCUGAUAUCUUACAGGAAAUGGGAGCAGAUGAGACCACUGUAGCCAACAUUUUAGAACGCUGCCCAGAGGCAAUUCUCCAUACCCCUGCAGAGAUAAACUCUCAAAGAGCUCUAUGGCAAUUAGUAUGCCAGAAUGAAAAACAGCUGAUUAAAUUAAUAGAGCGAUUUCCAGAGUCUUUUUUUACUACUGAAUAUCAUGAGAACCAGAAGGCAAAUAUACUGUUUUUUCAAAAGUUGGGACUUAAGAAUAAUAUAAUCACCAGGUUCUUGACAAGUGCACCCAAUAUUUUCUACAAUCCUGUUGAGAAAAACAAAAACAUGAUAGAGACAUUACAAAAAAAUUAUUUAAGUUUAGGAGGUUCUGAUGCAAACAUGAAGAUCUGGAUACUGAAGCUACUGAGCCAAAAUCCAUUUGUUUUAUUAAAUACUCCUACUGCAAUCCAGGAGAACUUGGAAUUUCUCCAGAAGAAUUAUUUCACUGACCAUGAAGUUCUACAGCUGCUGUCCAAACUUAAAGGUUUCAUUUUUCAACUUACUCCUACUACUAUGCAGAAGAGUAUGCUUUUUUCCAAAAAUGUCUUUAAGUGCAGUGAUGAAGAAUUAAAACACCUAGUGCUGAAAUGCCCAGCCCUUCUCUACUAUUCUGUUCCAGUUUUGGAAGAAAGACUUGAAGGACUACUGAAGGAAGGAAUUUCUGUAGCACAGAUUAGAGAGACACCGAUGGUGCUGGAGCUGACAACGCAAAUUGUUCAGUACCGAAUUAAAAAACUCUCUGCUUCGGGAUAUGAUAUAAAGAGUGGAACUCUAGAAAGCUUGAAUGGUACUAAGAAAGAUUUUGAAGUCAAUUACGGUAAGAUACAAUCAAAGAAAGAGAGACCAAUUUUUAAUCCUGUUGCUCCUAUAAACAUUGAAGAUUAA